UCGAGAGCGGAGGGGAGCGCUGCCACUCUGGGUUUUUCUGCAGCCCUUCUUCAAAUCAUGGGAUAGGAAGAGCCUUUUUCAUCCCAGGGGUUUUUACUUAGACUUGGACUAUGACUGGAGAGCUCUCUGUGCACUUUCCCUCCCAUCCCCUGCAGGAAUAGUGUGUGUACAUGUGCUCAUGUGAUGCCUGCCUCUGAUAGUCUUGAGUCUAGCAGCAGGAGUGGAUCAUCAUGAGAGGGGGUCACCACCAGCGAGGGUGUGGGUGUCAGCACCUGUUUAGAAAACUGCUCAGCAAGUGUGGCUGCUGCUUUGUUCAAGUUAGAGCAGCAGAGUCUUACUCUGUGGCGGGCAGUGACGGUAGUAUCCCCCCAUCAGCGGGCUCUGUGCCCCACCAGGCCUCAGGCAGCUCGAGCCCCUGCUCACACGCCUCGUCUGGAGGAUCACGGCACCCUGUCAGCGCCCUCAAGAAAUGGCUCACCAAUCCUGUCCGCAAGCUGAGCUCUGAUGUCAGAGGAGGAGCGGGAAAAGUCGAGAAGCAGAUGUGCAGGUCAGACAGGAGGCAGCCAUCACUCAUUUCUCAGAGUGAAAGGCAGCUGAGGCUUCUGGAGCCACAAGACAACUACACCAUCCUUCCCUCUGGAGGAGACCCGGUGUGUACAGACGGACUUUUGAAUCCAACAGCUCCCACUCCUGCACAGCCGUCCUGUCAAGGCCAGUUGUCUGACCUGCUGCAAGGCAGAGACACGCAGAGUCUAAGUCAAAGAUCCAGCAUCAACACUCUCCAAGGGGAAGACGGCUGCACUUUGACAGAUGACUCAGGCAGCCAGUGGUCUGCUACAGUGGACAGUGAAGAGGAGAGAAACACUGCCUUAGAGAAGAGCAUAUAUGUGCUGACAGAGCUGAUAGACACAGAAAGGCUGUAUGUGGACGACCUUGGACUCAUAGUGCAGGGCUACAUGGCCACCAUGGCCAAUCAGGGAGUUCCAGAGGACAUGAAAGGGAAGGACAGGAUUGUUUUUGGAAACAUCCACCAGAUCUACGACUGGCAUAAGGAUUAUUUCCUGGGAGAGCUGGAGAAAUGUGUGGGUGAUCCAGACAGCCUGGCCCAGCUCUUCAUCAAACAUGAACGGCGUCUUCACAUGUAUGUGGUUUACUGUCAGAACAAACCCAAAUCAGAGCACAUUGUCUCUGAGUACAUUGAGACCUACUUUGAGGAUCUCAGGCAGCAGCUGGGUCACAGGCUGCAGCUCAAUGAUCUGCUCAUCAAACCUGUUCAGAGGAUCAUGAAGUAUCAGCUACUGCUGAAGGACUUCCUGAAGUACUACAGCAAAGCAGGAAGGGAUGUUGAGGAGCUGCAGAGGGCGGUGGAGGUGAUGUGUUUUGUGCCAAAACGCUGUAAUGAUAUGAUGAAUGUGGGCCGGCUCCAAGGCUUUGAGGGCAAAAUCACAGCUCAGGGGAAGCUGCUCCAGCAGGACACCUUCUCUGUCGGCGAGCAGGAAAGCGGCCUCCUGUCCAGAGCCAGGGAGAGGCGGGUCUUCCUGUUUGAGCAGCUGGUCAUCUUCAGUGAGCCAAUUGAUAAGAAAAAAGGCUUCUCCUUGCCAGGGUACACCUUCAAAAACAGCAUCAAGGUCAGCUGUUUGGGCGUGGAGGAACACUCUGAGGAAGAUCCAUGCUGUCUGGUCUUGACCUCCCGCGGGACUGACGGCAGUGUGACACGCUUCAUCAUGCAGGCAUCUUCUCUGGAAAUACAUCAAGCUUGGCUUGAUGACGUGGUCCAGAUCUUAGAGACUCAGAGGAACUUCCUUAAUGCCCUUCAGUCUCCAAUAGAGUACCAACGCAGGGAGAGCAAGUCAAACAGCCUGGGAAGGAACAUGAAGUCCUCAACUGUGUCAGCAUCUGGCCUGCGACCUCACUCCUCUGCAUCCAUGGACCGACGUCACAAGCCCUGCCUGCUGGCUUACAACACCUCCCUGCCCUCUCUGCAUCCGCCGCAACACAGCCCAGCCUCGAAGGUGUUUUCUAAUCCUUGUGCUGCAACACCUCGAGUGGCUCACCCUCCACUCUCCUCCCAGCUCAGUUUGCACACAGAGGUGAGACCGGGCUGUGGGACAGCCAAUGGCAUGCCGCCCUGCAGCCAGCACAGCAUGCAGGGUGUGACUGCCAGUGUCCAGAUGACCAGAUUAGGAGAGGGUGGGAGUUAUUCAGCGCAUCGACCAAACAACCUGGAUCAGCUCACAGAGAGCGAGCAGUAAUGACCUGCGAGGACAAAUACACUCACUUUACCGUUCUGGAGUAGGAGUGUCUAGACCGAGUCUGAGCUCUGUCAGCGUUGUUUGUUUCACUCCUGUACAGAAGUCAUCGAGGUCUCAGUGUUUCCGUCUUCAAGUAUCGUCCUAAAUUUCCUCCAAAUAUUGCUGUGGUUUAGGCCAAUCUGGAUUUGAGCUUGUAUAAUAUACUGGUUUGGCUGUGUUCAUGUGUGUGUAUACUCUGCAUGCACACACACGUCCACAGAUGGUGAUAACAGAUGAGAUGAACUGUGUGAAGAUAUGUGUGUCAUAUUGCAUAUGUAUAAAUUUCUUACUUUUUCCAUUGAAAAUUCCUUGAUGGAUAUUUUUGUAAUGCAUAAUAUUUUCUUAAGGGACCAAUUCCAUUUUAUUAGCCCUGAGAAAUGGGACUGCAGCUCCCUUUGUGCAGUAUAACUCUGUGUCCUCAAAUAACUGCAUCCUUGAAAUCGCUGAGACUGUAGAUUCCAGCUUCACUGUGGGAGCUGAAUCCAUACAACUCGUGUUUGUCUGUGCAUUCCCUGCACUUUAGCAAAUAGCUGUGUUUUCCCGUUGGUGGGCAUUUUUAACCCAGGCAUUGUUAGACUGUUAUCUGAACUAAACACAUUCGCAAACUCACACAAAGCACGUGCCCCAAUCGAGCAGAAAGAGGAAAAAGGGAACAAAGAUAAAACAGAGGUGCUCAUCUGUCGCUGUCAUAUUGAAUGUAAAUAACCUGAUGUGGGAUCAUAUCAGUAAAACUCUUUGACCUGUGGUGUCCUGAUACACACACUGAAUUAAAGAGAAAUGCUGUUCAGAUAUUUGUCGUCAUCAUUUUUCAGAGCUACUGUUGCAACAUUUCC